AACAAGGGAUAAUACGGCGGAUCCGCCCGGGCUGCAGUCCCGCCCCAGAGCCGGCAGGGAGCAGAGCUGCGGAGCCGCCCAGUCUCCAGCGUCCGUCGGUCCAUUCUUGCGUCCUUCUGUUCACCGAACGCGCACUGCAGGAGCAGCCACAAGGGUGGCAUGGCAGCAAGCACAGAUGUGGCUGGGCUGGAGGAAAGCUUCCGCAAGUUUGCCAUCCAUGGUGACCCCAAGGCCAGUGGGCAAGAGAUGAAUGGCAAGAACUGGGCCAAGCUGUGCAAGGACUGCAAGGUGGCUGAUGGAAAGGUCGUGACAGGGACUGAUGUGGACAUCGUCUUCUCCAAAGUCAAGGGGAAGUCUGCCCGGGUCAUCAGUUACGAGGAGUUCAAGAAGGCCCUAGAAGAGCUGGCAACCAAGCGAUUCAAGGGGAAGAGCAAGGAGGAGGCCUUCGAAGCCAUCUGCCAGCUGGUGGCAGGCAAGGAACCAGCCAAUGUGGGCGUCACUAAAGCAAAAACAGGGGGUGCUGUGGAACGGCUGACCGACACCAGCAAGUACACGGGCUCCCACAAGGAACGCUUCGAUGAGAGCGGCAAAGGAAAGGGCAUUGCUGGGCGGCAGGACAUCCUGGAUGACAGUGGCUAUGUGAGUGCCUAUAAGAAUGCAGGCACCUAUGAUGCCAAGGUGAAGAAGUGAGGCCUGGGAAGGCCCUCCAGCAUGGAUGCCCCUGCCAGAGGCUCAGGCAUGGGCCUAAGGGGCACAUGGAGCAAGAGAGCCCAGUCCUCUCCUUGCUGGACCUGCCACCCAGCGCUUCCUGCCCAGCCCCAUGGGGCCAGCCCACCAGACCUCUGACUCAGACUGCUCUGUGUCCCCUUCCCCUUUCUCUUUCCUUCCUGAGUUCUGUCCAUCUGGGGGAGAGUCUGUGCCUAUAGCCUCACCACGACAACCUAGCCCUGGGCAUGGCUAACCGCUGCCUGCUUGCCUCAUAUUUAAGCUGCUGCUCUGGCCAAGUGCCUAAUUCUUACCCAGACCUCAAUAAAGACACCUUUUGUACCAA